CUCCACUAGCAACAGUGUCAAAGCGUUUGCACCGUUUCAGACCGAAAAUCAAAACAACGCAGGACAGUCUUAUUUCACGGACAACGAACUCCGUAAUCGCCGUACUCUAAACUUGUACUGCAACGCUCACGGUUUUCCACGGGACCUACAGGCGGCCCGAACGCAGAGGAGCGCGAAGGAUGGCGAAUUACCGGGCGUUUCACACCCAGCUCGCGACCAUCAUGGAGACGCUGACUCGCGCGGCGGUGGCAGAAAUCUGCGAGCUCGUAGACGACGGCUACGCGGUUUUACACAUCGAGAUCUCACGCCACCAGAAAGAGAACAAGGAGCUCCGACGGAAACUGCAGCUCAUAGAGUCCAUCGUCGCGGCGCGGGGGUACAGUGACGAGAAAACCGUGGCGCGGGAUGGUCGGUGUGAUGGUAACGUUAGUACUCGCGAGUCGCUAGUGGGCAGAAAAACGAUGGCAGAGAUGCGUGAGUUUCGUGAGGAGGGAGAUUUGAUCCAAAUGCAGAUCAAAGAGGAAGGUCUCGAGCAGCCGCCGCUGGGAGAUGAUGACGACGAUGAGGACGAAGGUGAAAGUGUUUCUGCAGUAACUCAAGACUCUCCGAAACCAGAUGUUGCUGAACUCUCGGGGCAGGAAUCUCACACACUCUCACACUCCCCUGAUCAUGACACACACUCUCACACACUCAGGUUUGCAGACACACACUCCGGCGCUGAUGAGUCCCAGCACUCCAGCGUCGACUUGGCUGCUUCAGAUAAUGCUUCCUUCUCCCUCGCACAAACCUCAUCGGAUACCCGCACUUCCCAAGUCCCUCGAGUUUUUCAGGAAGACUUGUGCAUGAAGGCUGAUAUGGAUCCGGUAUCCGAUUGGGCCACACACUCUGUCCGUAACACGCUCACACACUUGCAGAGCUCUCCACAGAAGGUUGGCAGGUCAGACUCUCUCGUAUCCCAUAAUUCUCCCUUGUUUGCAGCACAGCAUCUCGUUGCUCUGGGUAAUGUCUCAGGGCUGGGUCUCUAUGGCCGGUUGGGUGCUUUACGGACAGGUGGAGCCGGCAAGCGACACUUCAUCUGCUCGAUCUGCGGGAAGAGUUUCACCACGUCGCAGAGUUUGGACACACACAUGCGCAUUCACACUGGAGAACGACCGUACCGCUGUGAGCAGUGCGGGAAGCGUUUUACGCAGUCCGGACACCUCACGGCUCACCUGACUGUCCACACCGGAGAAAGACCAUACGAAUGCACCCGCUGUAGAAAACGAUUCGCAGGGAAACAGUACCUCCGCAUACACACCAAGAAACACCACCCUGACUUGCAUGCACUUUCCCAAAUACAGACUCACACACUGCAGGACACAUUACCCUGAAAGAUGCACAGGCUCACAACAGAGAAUGCAGGACACCAUUUUUGAUGUUUGUUUACUAGUUUUAAUAUAUUUUAUAUAUUCUGUUGUUGUUUGCAAGUGUGCUGCAACCACCAAGAAGAGUUUCAAAUAAGACGUUCAAUCAGUUCCAAGUGUAUUUUUGCAGUGUUCAGGCACUUAUUUUAACAGGUUAUUUUGCAAAAACUAAAGCAGUGAAAUGCAUUAUGUAUACAUACUGCAGGGAGACCAUAUGAAAGCCAACAUUAGAAAGCUGGUGUGAGCACAUUCAGACUCUGAUACCUUCAACAUGAAAUACUCAGUUUCACCUGAAUAGCAAAUGUACAUAAAAUGUACAGGAUAAUGUGUUGUUUGAAGAGUUCGUUAUGAUCUAAAUUAGAUAUAAUUAUAGAUUAUACAUUUAUAUUUGCAGCUAGUCACAGC